AUGUCUCGCUUCCCGGCCGCCAAACCAGCUCUGCUCUUUGCUCUCAUCAGCGUGACCACCGCGAGUUUGACCGGAGUGAUACUGAAUCCACUCAUCAGCGGGACGGAAGGAGCAUUGAAGUGGCAGCCAGUCCUUGACUGGGACAAGGACGUAUGCUAUCAGACUUCGGCCAUCGACUCCAAUGGUAACACCAACCCUGGUUUGGAUGCAAAGUUCUCAGUGGGGGAAUGUCGCGAUCCGUCGCGCCAGUGGAACUGCAACACGUAUGCACAUGACGACGCGGACCCAAGGAAUGUUCGCUGGGAGGCCACCACCCAUCCAAAGUUGGUUGCGCACCGCGGCGGGGCGAAUACAGCAUCACUACGCCUCGCGAAGGCGGCGGAUGACAACAUUGAGAACGACUUGGGGAUCUGGCAGGCAUGCCAUCUUCAACAGAUCGGUGUCAUGGACAACCAUCUCGCCCAAAAGCUCUUGAACACGAACUGGGGAGAUGCCCACAUGGACCUGCCUGAUGGCCGCUUCCAGGAACAGUUGGAGAAACACAUGCCGAAGCAAGCUAGACAAGACGGCUUCACGGCGCGUGACUAA